GAAUAUGAUAAGCUUUUGGAUGAGAUUGAAACUCAUCAAAAAUAGGAGGAACAUGCGCUGCAUGAUAGAAAUCAAUCACAGUGCUUUGCUAAUUUUUGUUUUUUAUUUUUUUUUGGUGAAUACAGUGCUUUGCUAAUUUGAACAUUAAUAAGCAGCAAAAAUAAAUAAAUCCCCUCCAACAAUGCCGGCUUCAUUUUGAAUAAUUCUCUACCUUCAAAUCUCAGACACGUCUCCUUUUAAUACCCUUCACUCGUGCCGGUUUCACCGGCGUCGCACGUGCCACUACGUGCUCCUCCAUUUAUAUUCCAACACAGACUCCCCCAUCUCCUCCUCCAAACUCACAACCCAACCCACCCUUCGUUCUCUCUGUUUCUUCUUUCUCUUUCUCUGUUUGGUUGUAGCAAUUAAUAAUGGUGGACACUGCAACUGCUGGUGCAAAACCAACACCAACAACACCUCUUCUAAAAGAUGAGCUCGACAUUGUCAUCCCCACCAUCAGAAACCUGGAUUUCUUGGAGAUGUGGAGGCCGUUCUUUGAGCCUUACCACUUGAUCAUCGUUCAAGAUGGUGACCCAUCGAAGACCAUCAAGGUCCCUGAUGGCUUUGACUAUGAGCUCUACAAUCGCAACGACAUCAACAGAAUUCUGGGUCCCAGAUCCUCCUGCAUUUCCUUUAAGGACUCUGCUUGCCGCUGCUUCGGCUACAUGGUCUCUAAGAAGAAGUAUAUCUACACUAUUGACGACGACUGCUUUGUUGCAAAAGACCCAUCUGGGAAACAAAUCAAUGCACUUGAGCAGCACAUCAAGAACCUUCUUUACCCAUCCACUCCAUUUUUCUUCAACACCUUGUAUGAUCCUUUCAGAGAAGGUGCAGACUUUGUCCGAGGAUACCCUUUCAGUCUCCGUGAGGGUGUCCCAACCGCUGUUUCUCAUGGACUAUGGCUCAACAUCCCAGAUUAUGAUGCACCAACACAGCUGGUCAAGCCUCUAGAGAGGAACACCAGGUAUGUUGAUGUGGUUCUGACAAUUCCAAAGGGCACUCUUUUUCCCAUGUGUGGUAUGAAUUUGGCAUUCGAUCGCGACCUUAUUGGCCCUGCAAUGUACUUUGGACUCAUGGGUGAUGGUCAGCCAAUUGGCCGCUAUGAUGACAUGUGGGCCGGCUGGUGCAUCAAGGUAAUAUGUGACCAUUUGGGACUGGGAGUGAAGACAGGACUGCCAUAUAUAUGGCACAGCAAAGCAAGUAACCCAUUUGUGAACCUGAGGAAGGAAUACAAAGGCAUUUUCUGGCAGGAAGAGAUAAUCCCAUUCUUCCAAGGUGUUGUUCUUCCAAAAGAUUGCACUACUGUCCAAAAAUGCUAUGUUGAACUGUCUAAGCAGGUUAAGGAAAAGCUUUCAAAGGUUGAUCCCUACUUUGACAAGCUAGCUGAUGCCAUGGUCACUUGGAUUGAAGCUUGGGAUGAUCUUAACCCGGCUACUGCUUCCGAUAAACUGCCCAAUGGCAAAGCAUAAAGAUUGAAAGUUUUGAUCAAAAUGCAAAAGCUCUUGUUUUUUUUUUUCACAUAACUAGUUUACAUUUGAAGUUACUUGUAGUCUCAUAAACACAGUAUGUUCUAUCCACCAUCUGCUUGAUCCACUCGGUCAAAUACAGAAUUUGAAUAUUUGGUGGAUGUAUUUUACUUGUUCAGUUUCAAAUUAUGGACUUAGAGCAAUAAAAAUUUAGUUGAUUUUA